UUCGCCCGCCGCGAGUCCGCCGCGCUCACGGUCACUCGUCCGUCCCGUCUCUCCUCCACGCUGACGCCGAAAACCAUGAAGGUCGCCAGUGGCAGCGCCGCGGCCGCCGCGGGCCCCAGCUGCGCGCUCAAGGCGGGCAAGGCGGCGGGCGGCGCGGGCGAGGUGGUGCGCUGCCUGUCCGAGCAGAGCGUGGCCAUCUCGCGCUGCGCCGGCGGCUCCGGGGCGCGCCUGCCCGCCCUGCUGGACGAGCCGCAGGUCAACGUGCUGCUCUACGACAUGAACGGCUGCUACUCGCGCCUCAAGGAGCUGGUGCCCACCCUGCCCCAGAACCGCAAGGUGAGCCGCGUGGAGAUCCUGCAGCACGUCAUCGACUACAUCUGGGACCUGGAGUCCGAGCUGAGGUCCGAAGCGCACGGCGGCAGCCCCGGGAGCCGGGGGCUGCCCGCCCGAGCCCCGCUCAGCACCCUCAACGGCGAGAUCAGCGCCCUGGCCGCCGAGGCGGCUUGCGUUCCCGCCGACGACCGCAUCUUGUGUCGCUGAAGCGCCGCGCUCGCGCUGCGGGACCCCAGCCCUCCGCGGGCCAGAGGAAUGGGUGCUCCUCGCUGGACUCGGGGAGGAGCAAGGCGGAGAUCGGAGGACCCCCCCCCUCCUCGGGCGGCCGCUUGCUGGAUCCAGCCCAGGGUCGGGGGAUUAACCGGGCAGGCGACCCUCCCUCCGUCCACAUCUCCAGUUACCAGAGACUUGAUGGGAACGGGGAAGGGGGCAGGCGGGCAGAACCCGCGGCCCCCCACCUCCCCAACCCCGUGUGUUUCUAUUUUUUGAAAAGCAGACAUUUUAAAAAAUGGUCACGUUUGGUGCUUCUCAGAUUUCUGAGGAAAUUAAUUGCUUUGUAUUGUAUAUUACAAUGAUCACCAACUGAGAAUAUUGUUUUACAAUAGUUCGGUGGGGUUUUUUUUGCUGUUGUUUUUUGUUGUUGUUAUUAAACAAAUAUUUUAGAACAGU